CCUCCUUCUGCGGCAAUUCUGACUCGCCCUUCCCCGCGUUUCUUCAGCUUCUCCGUUAGCUGUGAGAUUGGACCGGACCUUACCUUCCAACUCGACUAAGCCUUGCAUCGCGUGGGAUCUAUUUUUGGUUCAUCCUCUCGUCAUGGCAUCCCAGGACAACCUGCCCGACUCGGGGCAGUCUCCCGCUGGGAUGAGGAGCCGCAGUAUCAGUCCAUAUAAUGAUCCCUCCGCCGGUUUGACCUUGGAUAUCUCCGUCGCAACCACUACAGCUCCUUAUACCUCGACUUCCUACAACCCUUCCAAUCCUGGCGCCUCUGAUUCCUACGGCUAUAACCCCACCGGUUAUCUCUCCGCACCCUCCGCCGCGCAGACGCUGGCCCCGACCGAUCACACAUACUCCCACAGCCUUCAACUGCCACAAUCCUUCGAUGCUGGGUUGAUGCCCCAGCUGGACCAGUCAACGGGCCUGUCCUUGCAGCAACAGCAGCAGCAACAACAACAACAACCACAAGCGACAGACGAGAAUUUCUCUAAUCUGUUGAACUCGAACCCCGCAGAUUUCGACUUUGCCCUCUAUCAGAACCCUAGUCCGAGCAGCACGGCCGCUCCGGACUACGACUCCCCGCUCCUGCUAGACCCCCAAGUUCACGGUCAGUCCCGACCGGGCAGUCAAGCGGUAAACCCCGCCGACCUCGUUAGCCAGAUACCCUCUCCUCAUCCUUCGGCUUCUCCGCAAUUGUCCCCGAUCUCCCCCCAGGACCAUUACCAGCACUCAUCUCCCGGGCCCAUGUCGCCGCCCAACUCGACGCCGGGGACUUACUACACCCCGCAACAUUCCCGCCAUACUUCCUUGGAUCCUGCCAGCGCUGCAUACAUGUCGGGCAAUGCGCAUACGGAUUGGCAGGCAGUCAUGGCCAAUUCUGCCUUCCAGGGCCAUCGACGGGCCCCAUCUGAGGUGUCUGAGGUGUCAUCCGCUGCCCCAUCUCCAUACAUGUCCCAGCAUGAAUCUUUUGAUGGCGUGGAGAACAAUCCCUCCCCACUCCUAGCGCCCCAGCAUGACCCCGGUCUUUACGACAAUGCACUGGGCAUUGAAUCUUUCACUUUGUCUGAUGGUCAGCAACAGCACCAUUCACAGGGCAUCAGCCCCGCCCACAGUCCAUAUAUCUCUCCGCAGUUGAUGCCUCAACAGCCCACAGACAUGAUUCCCAACGUGCCAUACAUCUCUGCUCCUGCGGGCAACUCGCAGUACCCCACCCCACCGACCGACAUGUACGGGGAGGGUAUGAUGGUCCAAGGAAACGGUGGUAUGGGAGACAUAGGUCAAGCAUCGCAAAUGGCGCCCCCAUCUAUCAACGUGGAAUUCGCACCCCCGGCGAAGAAUCUCAACCUCCCGCAGACGAAGCCCAGUGCGGACUUGGACUCUUUGAGUCCACCCGUUGCCAUGCGCUCCCGCAUGCGUAGUAAGUCGGACCCAUAUGCCCAUCCGGCUUCUCGCGCACGGUCAUCUUCUACUUCGACCAGCCUGGAGCCGUUUGUGCCUCCGUCACCCCGGUCGCUGUCGCCUUUUGAUACCAUGAGGGGACAGCCACAUAGUAAUCCCAGCUCCCGAGAGCCGUCUCCCUCGCGAUCGGGUCGGCGACUGUCCACGUCGUCGAUCGACAGUAGAAAUUACAUUCUCGGCCUUGCGGAUCCCCAGAGGCCUGGGGGCAACCCUAACGACUCCAAACGUGUCCAGAAACACCCGGCCACAUUCCAGUGUCACCUGUGUCCCAAGCGCUUCACGCGAGCCUACAACCUACGAUCUCAUUUGCGCACUCACACGGACGAGCGGCCUUUCGUAUGCACUGUCUGCGGAAAAGCUUUUGCGCGACAGCAUGAUCGAAAGCGUCAUGAGGGGCUGCACUCGGGCGAAAAGAAGUUCGUCUGUCGCGGUGACCUCUCGCGCGGUGGACAGUGGGGAUGUGGCCGGCGAUUUGCUCGUGCGGAUGCUCUGGGUCGUCAUUUCCGUUCCGAAGCUGGUCGGAUCUGUAUCAAGCCAUUGUUAGAUGAAGAGUCUCAAGAGCGGGAGCGCACAAUGAUGGAUCAGCAACAGCACCUGCAGCCUAUACCACCUCCAUUGAUGGUGCCAGGAAUGGAUGGCCAACAUACCAGCAAUUUCGUUCUCCCUGCCGCGUUGUUGGCCCAAUACCCCGCGCUGCAAACUUUGCAGUGGGAUCAAAUCCCUGCCACCGCAGACGAUCCCAGUGACAUAGGAGGUCGCAGUAGUUUCGACGCCAGUUCCGGCGGAGAGUUCGGAUUUGAUGAUGACGAAUCCGGCCUCAGUAGUGUCUCUGGCAUCAGCGGGAGCUACGGGGGCCCGAGUAACAUGUACGAUGUUAAUAAUACGGGCCAGAUGUUAGGAGUGAACCCUGCAGAAUCUGGUUAUCGAGAAACCGAUUGGAGAGCAUGACAAUGCGUGUCUCGGUGAUGCUCGCUUGCCCUCCCAUAUUUUCCUUCGUUCUUUAGCUCGGGUGCUAUAUCCUUUUACCCAAUUUUUCUUUCUUCUUUCCUUUCCCCAUCUUUAUCAGUUAACAGGGAAUAUUUCUUUUCAUAUUACCCGAAAUCCGAGGCAACGGGUGCAGCAGGCUUCAUGAUUUCGAUUUCUCAAUAGAACAGGGUUUUGGCGUUGAGAUACAGGGAGACAGAUUGGAUUGGUGAUUGAUUGAUUGAUUGCCUCAUGACGGCGGGUUUCACUUUCAUUCAGACCUACCAGUUUCUUUUUUUUUUUUUUUUUUCUACUUCUUUU